AUGGCGGCCCGGGAGUCCGAAGAUGACUUUCGCGUCGAGGCGGAGCAGCUCCUCGGGCUUUUCCGCGAGGUCUUGGCACAAGAGCUGGUGUCGGUCAAGGCCAUGGUGCUGCAGCAGCUGAGCGAGAUGCGCGAGGAGUUGGAGCCACGCAUUGCAGACAUCGAGAAGCGGCUGCAUGGUCUAGGCGCACGGUCCGUACAAAGCGACGGCAGCCCGCGCGAGCACCAAGAGGAUGCCAGGGAGCGGUCCGAAGGACCGGCCCGGGCCUCACUCUCCGAGGCCGCCAGCCGCUGCUUCCAGCGGCCUGAACCACGCAUUGCGGCACCAGGUGAAAUGGCGUUGGCGGCGAGGAUCGCGGCCAUGCGGAGCAAGCUCCGAGACGGACCUGCUACUACAGAGUCCUGGAAUGAAGACAGCCCUGUUGCUGGCGGCCUCUCACUUUUCCUCAGCGGGGCUUCCUCCGAGGGGCUGACAACAAGGCUUGGAUGCCUGCGCCCCGUCCCGGAAGGCUCGGAGUCCGAGAACAAGUCGCCGCCUUUGGUGCCCAGGGAAGGCCCAGAAGUGUGGCCGUCGCCACGCGAGGCAGCCCCCAAAGCGGCACAACCGCCAGACAAGGGCGCCGGCCCGGACCGAUCCGACGCAAGAGGCGUUGUUGUAAUCGCGAAUGAGGCAGAGAUGCUGUCUGCCGACUACACUCAAAAGAUCUGCAACAAGGUUGCGGCCGCUGCUGCAGCCGCACGCAGGGUCGCCGAAACGGCCAAGGAGGUAGCCGACCAGGCGCGCUCGCAAAGCGUGGAGUCGAUCUUAACGGAAAUCGCACCCAACGGCAGCAUAGCGGCCAGUGCUGGAACGACGACCUCUCAUGGCCAGCUCUCUCUGGUCUCAGCGGGUACGCAAACACCCUCCAGCGUGAGGAGCAGCUUGGCAAACUCCGCCAGAAGUGUCACUGAAGGCAGCCUUCAUGCCUAUGCGCCGUUGGUGUCCCGUUCUGCUUCUGUGCCGCCAGGCAAAUCUACGCCAACCCAGGUGCCAGUGCUCAGGCCCAUCUCCGCUGUUCCAGCCAUGGGCUUCACAGUGAUGCCGCCAUCUGCCGCUUCACUCGUCAGCCCGCGACUGUGCGCCGUGUCACGCACGCCGACGCCUGUCCAAGCGAGUGCCGUCAAGUGCGCCACGCCAUGUGGGACACCUUGCGGGACACCCGGCACGCCUUGCGGGACGCCGGGACGGCCAGUGCCCGGUAGCGGCUUCCAGUCUCUGCUUGGGCCCAGGGCAGCGUGA